AUGGGUCGCAUGUAUUCUCGUGGUAAGGGUAUCGCCAGCAGUGCCCUCCCCUAUCGUCGCUCUGCUCCCUCCUGGUUGAAGACCAGCUCUGAGGAAAUCGUUGACUUGAUCUGCAAGAAUGCCAAGAAGGGUCUUUCUCCUGCUCAAAUUGGUGUCAUCCUCCGUGACUCCCAUGGCAUUCCCCAAGUCAAGGCUGUUACUGGCAACAAGAUUGUCCGUAUCCUCAAGGCUAACGGUAUGGCCCCCGAGAUCCCUGAAGAUCUUUACCACUUGAUCAAGAAGGCCGUCUCCAUGCGCAAGCACUUGGAACGUAACCGCAAGGACAAGGACACCAAGUACCGCCUCAUUCUUGUUGAGUCCCGUAUCCAUCGUCUUGCUCGUUACUACAAGACCGCUGGCUACCUUCCUCCCAACUGGAAAUUUGAGUCUGCUACUGCCUCUGCUCUCGUUGCUUAA